AUGAUACUUCGAGUCAUCGAUACUUCCCAUACAACUGUGCACUCCGAAGGGAGGUAUUAUCUAAACAAGAGUAUUGUUAACAUAACGGUAUUACCUGUACACGCAUACUUUCCAACAAAUAGUACCAUAGAUAUAGUCCCACUAAUGAAGCUACCUAACGGCAGACACAAUGCUAUCCGUAGCACAACUUCACUCCUGGAACGUCAAUACAUGAGAAAGAAAUGUACUCUUAAAAUCAUCAUACUCCCCAUGUACCAAUACUCUUUAAGUAAUAGUAUUACAGAUGGGCCCUGGGAGCUCCGCAAUCCCGCAAGUGUUCUAAUGAAGUCAUUAAACUUACCUCAGGACACUUGA